AUGUCGGUCCUAAUCUCAAGACGAAAACAACGGCCUUCUUCAGCAUCUGCUGCUUUACAAACCCAUUUUAGUCGUCAAACCGUUACCAUAGACGAUAUACGUCCUGCAACAUCUAUCCCUACAUCCAGAAAUUUAAGAAACAACGUCCGAAAUCAGCAAACCCCUAUUGGAACGAAAACUCGAACACAACAUAAUAAUGCAAUUAAUGGUUGGACUAGUAUUGUUCCUAUGCAGACAAACAGCCGUACGCAGCGUAGGAUAACAUUAAGUACCGUUAAUAAUGUUUCCAUAUCGACUAAUACUAGGUCACGUCCUACUACUGCAGCAUCAUCUAAAAUUAAGCAAAAUGUAGAUAGCAUUUAUAAUAAUGAGUGA